GAGAUGCUGCAGUCCUCGAAGGCCUGUGCAGACAUGCAGCUUCUACCACGCGUGUGCUUCUGUUUCCUGACUUUGUCCGGACUGACGUUUGGUGAUCGAUCCGGUCCAAGAGUCAGAGUGGUCGUUUCAGAAGGAAGUGAUGCCAUCCUGCACUGCUCCCUCAGCACCAAGGAGAGCGUUGUACAGAAGCUGUUUGACUGGAGAAAGAUGGAUCAAAAAAUAAAGGAAGUGUUCAUGUAUGAUGCUGGCGCUCAUUACAAUAAUGGACGUCCAGGUCAAGACGAGCAGUUCAAUGGACGAGUCUCACACUUCCCAGACCAGCUGCAGUUCGGUAACACCUCCAUAAUCAUCAGAAACACAAUAGUGGCUGACAGUGGAGACUACACCUGUGAGUUUCCACAUGUGCAGUCAGAAGAAACAACCAACAUUACACUUGUCGUUGAGGGCAGAUUAAAGGUCCGAAACGUCCCAGGCGCAGCUCCAGAACCUUCGGUCACAAAUCUUGAUCAAACAAAUGACUGGGCACUGCUCCAGUGUGAUGUUCAGGGUGCUUACCCCAAGCCUACAGUAGAGUGGAGGGACAGCGACAAUCAGGCCAUUUCUUCUGAGGAGCCACAGGUCUCUGAAAGAGGAGGCCGCUUCAACAUCACUCUCAACACUACUGUGAAAAAGAGCGACCGCUAUCGCUGUGUUGCCACACAGAAGGAAAUCCACCAUCAGACAUAUAAACAAAUCAAGGUACAUUUCAAUGAUUCCACUGGAUGGAAGACUGCAUUUAUAGUUCUUUUAGUAGUAGUAGUAGUAGUAGUUCUUCUUGUAGCUGGGAUUCUUCUCUGGUGUUUCAAACAAAACAAAAAGAAGAAGCAGUUUCAGAAGAUACAACUCAGUGAUCUCUCAAAUCAGCAUGAUCAGAAUCAACCUGCAGAAUCACAAGUACACACAGGAACUUCCCUCAACCAAGGAACCAUAACUGAUCACUGAUCAAGAUGAAUAUGUAUGUUUUGUGUUUGUUUUAUGA